ACCCAGUACACUCUGAUUUAUAAAUCAAAUUAAGAUUCCAUUCCACUCAACUCACCACCAGGCGAUUUUCCGGCGAUCUAAAUCUCCGGCGACUCAUUCAAAGUUCAAAAAUGAGCGAUCAUCAUCGAACCGAGUACAGCUGGACAAACGAGAGGCACAUGCACUACUUGAACUCCAUGGAAGCUUCAUUCGUCCGAACAAUGCUCCAAAACAACAACAACAAUAACGCUCAUCUUCUUCCCCGACUCGACCGUUACUUGCCGGACACUUCUGAGUCAACCCUAGAUUUGAAAUCCGACCGAAGACGACGACAUUCCACCUCAGAUAUUCCAGACGCAAGAACUAGAACUCACAAGAAAUCUGGAAAAUUAUCAUCUCAGCCACACACGUCAUCACAGGAUCAGGUGGUACCACAGCUUGAAAAUGGAACAGCUGAUAACUUUGCUAGAGGCCUCCCUGACGUACCCGCCGUCACUUCAGCUGCGCCACUCAAAUGAAUGAGAGGAGAGAGGGAGAGAGAGAUGCCUAUUGUAGCUGAGGAAUUGUUUUCCUCUGUGAGCUGUUUGGUUCAUUGUAGCUUGUAAGUUGUAGUAUAUGACUAUUAGCUUGGCACUAGUGAUUUGUGACAAAUGCUCAUAAUUUUAACUAAAGAUAAAACAAUGAGCUGCAUUAACUUGGACAUCUCUUUUGUGAAUUUCUUGAAAUUAAUUGAGAUAUGUGUAAAUUAGUUUAAA